AUGAGUUAGUCAUCGAAAUAAUCGCCCAAUUGUAUGUGGGACAACUUAUGCGUUACAUUUUACUUACUUAUUUACGGCGAGGCAAUACGGAAACUAGUGUGUAGAGAAAGUGGUAUUUUUAGAGAAGUUUGGUGUUGUUUACACGUGCCAAAAGGGAGGAAUCAGACCAUGCAGCGAGUGAUCGUAAUCACAGCAGCUCCGUAUCCAAAAGAUGAGAUAUCCGGUGAGCUGAAGGAGACCAUAGAAGCCGUUACGCCGAGGUUUGAGGAGAAUCUGAAGAGGGCGUUCCAGAAUGAGGGAUUGCGACGCGAGAAUCUCGCCGAGAAGAAGGAUAGACUCCAUCCUCUCGACGACGUCCUUUUUUCGGUCGGGGAUAAUAUAAUAGAACUAAAAGAUCUUAAACUCACGAAGACACCCGACUACCGUAUCAGCAGCUUAUCGGCAGACUUCGCCAUGUUAACUCUACACGUGACUAUAAAUUUAGGCGAUUUAAAGAUCGAGGGCGACUACGAAGCUAACAACAAGACCCUUCAAUACUUCCUUCCCAUCGUUCAUACUGGAAAAGUCAGAAUAACGUUCGAGAACGUCACGGCUACUGGACGCAUAGGGAUGUUUAUUAAAGAAGAUUCCUUCGUCGUCGAGCAUUACGAUUUAGUCUACACGCCACGUGACGUGGCCGUUCUGGUUCUGUACAAGGAGGAGAACUCGGAUGUGCGUGUCGAAAACGAAAUCGCGCGACAGAAAGUUGAAGACACAAUCGCGCUGACCUUCUGGCCGGAACUCAAAGAUACAGUAACUCGCCUGCUACAUCGCCAACUGCAAACCGUGAUUGUAGAAGAAUCCGUUAAUGAUCUUUUCGGGGAGAGCGACGUCGAACUGCGAAAUCACGCCCAUCAGCUGAUCUUGAAGGCGAAUCGCCUUGUGGACUCCCUUUUGUGCACCGCAAAGAGCAAAAUCGUCUCCGGCAGUGUGAGGAUGGUGGAGGCGCCCGAGCUGAACGUCAUUUUCAAAGGGAGGCAUCCUAGUCAGGAGCAAGGUUUGCUUGAAGCGAGGGGCGGCUAUGUUCAAGAUCUAUCUACGUUAUCAAGGUGCAAUAAUGUCAGCUUUUACGAGGACGAGAAGGAUGUCAUUAUUUACGGCAGUCUCCAUUUGAGGGAGUUUAAGUACGGAUACGAGAACUACAAGGGAAGGCAGGCAAACGCGUCGGUCGGAGGAAGUAUCAGAGGAAUGAUAUAUCGCAAUAAGAUCUUCGUGAAGCUCUCUUUGUCGAAAAGUCAGGAGCACUGCGUGACCCAGCUGGAAGCCGUCCAAUUCCGCUCAGUCAACGACAUCGAAGUCCUCGUUAGUGGCCUGGGAUCGCUAAGCUGGCUCGCAAAAAACAUAAAAACGUGGAUGAUUGGAAAUCUCAGGAACGAGGUCCUGCUAAUAUUGGAGAACAAAAUUAGAAACGCCUUCGACUACGCCAUCCAAAUAACGGAUUGCGCUGCAUUAUUAAUAGACUAAUUUUCAUAAAUAUUUCCGAUCGCGAAAUGGACUUUCGUAUUUGUUUACAGUCGUAAAGUUUUAUUAAAGUUUUGAUAUUACGUA